AUGGCGAGCGCGCGGCGCGGGGCAGCGCAUACCAUCGACAGCAUCCUGGGUCACCGGCGCCGGCACUACGAUUCGAUGGAUCUGAAGAGUGAGAGCGUCCACUCGGACUCCGAGCACGAGCCUGAUCACGAGCCAGACCAGGCGUCGGAGGUGGUGGCCGAGCGCGGGGACCAGCUAGAUCAGCUAGACCAGCUGGAGCAGCUCGACUCAAGCCGGCCUCGCAAGCAGGUGCGCCGCAGCCGAACUACGUUCACGACGUACCAGCUGCACGAGCUGGAACGUGCCUUCGACAAGACGCAGUACCCCGACGUGUUCACGCGUGAAGAGCUGGCCGUGCGGCUCGACCUCAGCGAGGCCAGAGUGCAGGUCUGGUUUCAAAACCGUCGCGCCAAGUGGCGCAAGCGGGAGAAGGCGCUCGGUAGGGAACACGCGCCCUUCCUGCACCACGAGCACGGUAUGGGUGAAUGGGGCGCAGGCGUGACGCCGGGCGCAGGCAGUGAGUGGUGGGCCCUGGGGCUGGGCGCGCCGCUGUGGCCCGAGCCGGCCCUCACCGCGCUCCUGCACAGGUACGUGCUUCGGUUGCCGCCCCCACCAGCUCCUCGUUCUCCGCCCGCCCCCCUCUCCCCCGGGAGCCCUCCUCUGCCGCCGCCCGCUGCGCGCUCGCCCCCCGGCCUCCUCCCGGGCGGGCACCUGUCCCUGCCAGGCGUGACUCCUGACCAGCUACGGCUGCUGCACGAGCGGUACGUCAGAGUGCAGCAGCACACGUAA